UUCCCCUCUACCCCACCCCAAUAUGCACCAGAACCAGUUGAUGAUGAUGUGAUAAAGCAUAUUUUGUGGCUGAGAAGCAAACUUGGCUGGCAGACAGAAUUAUUGCCACGUCGAUUUUCAUCUAAAGCGGCUAAGAUGACUAAAAUUCAGAAGCUUGCACUUGGGGUAAUUCUUUUUUUCUUUUUUUUUAAGUUGAACUUUGCACUUUCACCAGUUUGUUUAUUAGAACAGCUUGGUACUUGUAUUUAUUUUAUCUCUUUUAUUUUUAUGGCAAGGUAUAUAAUUAAUAUAUAUGAUAUUUUGAAAAAUGAUUUAGGAUAUGAAUUAUACUGUAACAUAAUUAUGUAUUUUCUCUAUUGUCAGAGACCUUUAUUGCUGAAAGAUUCUGGAGAAUAUGUAUAUUGUCUCCGCAGAGGAAGGGAUAACCCUGAAGCUCCUUAUAAUCCGUAUGAUCUACAGGUUGUUUCCGCAAACACAGCUAGGCAUUCUAAAGAAUACUGGACUGUUACAGCUUCAUUUGUUUCCAAGGUAACAGAUCUUUCAGCAGCAACAUUUAAAGAAACAGAAAUGAUACCUGUAGCAGAAUGGCUCUGUGAAAGACAGAUUUAUUAUAUGUUACACAGUUUUAAUAUAUUUUCCAAUGCCCGCAUGAAAAAGUAUUUUUUCACCUGGAAAAGUAUUGUUAGAAGAGUUAAGAUGAACAGGAGCAACCUGAUUUUUAAACAUUUGAUAUUUCAUAAAUGUAUGAAUAAGUCAGUGUCUCAAAAUGAAAAGUAUUUGUAUGCAUUUUACACCUGUGAUGUUUCUCUUAUUUGUAGAACAAUGAUGUACAAACAACUAUUUUUUGCUGAUGAAGUAUUUUUACAAUGCUUACUUUAUAUUAGAGGACUCUGUGAAAAUACAAGUAACAUUAAUAGCUACAGAGGGUCAAAAAAUAAUGUAAUUUAUUUGAUAAAGGUGGAUAGGUCCCGCACAUAUUCCUUGGAUGAAUUUUAUGAGGAGCAGUAUCAACAAAACAAACAAGCUCUUAAUCAGCUACAGACUUUCAGGGAGACAGUAAUUAAAUCCAUUAAAAAUACUUUUAUGAGGGUGGCAGAAAUGAAGGGAGUUCAAAAACUUUUUCAACUUGUGCCCACUGACAGUAAAGAGAAACCAAAAUGUACAGAAAUAGGGGAAUGGUGUCAGAUGACUAAAUGCUUUUCAAGAUUCCUUCAACUAGUUGACAAGAUUUUCCAGGAACUUCUUCGUAAAUUGGUGCACAAUGCUGUCCAUCUGCUUUUGGAGUUUUUUAAACGUUCCAGCAAUGUGACUUCUCUAGAUGAAAAGAAGAAUGAAAACCUUAUGAGGUUAUUUCUAUCAGUCUAGAUUGCAAACACUGGUUUAAAACAGAAUUUUGCUUCAUUAUAUUGUUUUCCUAAAAUAUUUGGAAUUCUUUUUAUUUUGUCCUGAUUUUA